AUGGUUUCGUCCGGAAACACAAACCACCGCGCCUGGUGGAAGGAGUGCUCGGUCUACCAGAUCUGGCCUGCAUCCUUCAAGGACGCCAACAAUGACGGCGUUGGAGACAUCCCCGGCAUCGUCUCCGAGCUAGACUACAUCAAGAACCUCGGCGUGGAUAUCGUCUGGCUCUGCCCAUCCUAUAAAUCGCCGCAGAUAGAUAUGGGCUAUGACAUUGCCGAUUACUACAGCAUUGCACCCGAGUACGGGACGGUCGCAGACGUGGAGAAUCUCAUCGAGGGGUGCCACAAGCGCGGCAUGAAACUGCUCAUGGACCUGGUGGUCAAUCACACGAGCGAUCAGCAUGAAUGGUUCAAGCAAUCGCGCAGCUCCCGGGACAACGAGUACCGCAAAUGGUAUAUCUGGAAGCCGGCCAAGUAUGACGAGCAAGGCAACCGGCACCCUCCCAACAACUGGGUCUCUCACUUCCAGGGAAGCGCCUGGCAAUUUGAUGAGAAAACCGAUGAAUACUAUCUCCAUCUAUAUGCAACGGAGCAGCCCGAUCUCAACUGGGAACACCCGCCGGUACGCAAGGCAGUCCACGACAUCAUGCGGUUCUGGCUUGACAAGGGCGCCGACGGCUUCCGUAUGGACGUGAUCAACUUCAUCAGCAAGGAUCAACGAUUCCUCGAUGCCCCCAUCAAGGACCCGCGCCAGAUCUGGCAAUGGGCGGAUAAGUGGUACGCCAAUGGACCGCGCCUGCAUGAGUUCCUCCAGGAUCUGGGUAAGAUCCUCAAGCAGUACGAUGCCUUCAGCGUGGGCGAGAUGCCAUUCGUCAAGGACGAGAAUGAGGUGCUCAGGGCUGUGCAGUUUGACCGCCACGAGAUCAACAUGAUCUUUAACUUUGAGCAUGUCGACAUUGACCACGGAGAGUACGACAAGUUCGAACCGGGCAGCUGGAAGCUGACCGAUCUCAAAAAAAUUUUCGAGCGCUGGCAGACCUUCAUGUACAACAAUGAUGGCUGGAAUGCGCUUUACUGGGAGAAUCACGACCAACCGCGGUCGAUCGACCGAUACACGAAUGCCAAAGAGGAGUAUCGCCUCAUUGCGUCGAAGAUGCUCGCCAUUGCUCUGACAAUGCAAGCCGGCACGCCGUUCAUCUACCAAGGCCAGGAACUGGGGAUGCGCAACGUUCCUCCAUCAUGGGGUAUUGAGGAGUACAAGGAUAUUGACUGUCUGAACCACUGGCAUGGAAUCAUGAAACAGAAACAGUUUGACACCAAAGCACAAGAGAUCGCCCGCCAGGAGUAUCAGAAAAAGUCGCGCGACAACGCGCGCACCCCCGUGCAGUGGUCCGCCGCCGAGAACGCCGGGUUCACGGGUCCCGGAGUCAAACCAUGGAUGUCCAUCAACACGGAUUACGUGCGGGUCAACGCCGAAGCGGAAGUCAAGGAUCCCAACUCGACCUACCACUUCUGGGCGGCAGUGCUUGGUCUGCGCAAGAAACACCUCGAUAUUCUUGUCUACGGGGACUACAAAGCCGUCGACAGUGCCAGCGAGGAAGUCUACGCCUACACACGCCAGUGCAAUGGCUCUGGACGGACCUCCGUAUCUCAUAGCUCCAAUCUGCUGAACAAAAUCGACGCCCGGGCGAAAUCCUCUGAAGGCCAAAAGGCUUUGGUCGUGUGCAACUGGACCGAGAAGGAUCUGAAGUGGGACGCGGCGGGUAAUGGGUUUGCGCAGGUGAAAGAGGUGCUCCUAGACAACUACGAUAGCGCCAAGGAAGCCGCGCAACGGAUCUCGGGCGACCAGUGGACUCUGAAGCCGUACGAGGCAGUGGUUGUGCUAGUCUAG